UCAUUAAAAUUAAUCAUUAAACCACUAGUUGUGUUUUGAGUGUUUUAUCUACAGUUUAAUGGUGUUGGUUUUUUUUUAUACUAUUAUGAAAACUGCGGUCAUCAGUUUCUCCCCAGCUGAUAUCCGAGAAGACGUGCACGUAAAACGACGACAGAGAAAUGCCUUUGGCCAAAGAUCUCCUCCAUCCUUCCGUUGAAUAUGAGAGAAGACAACACAAAAAGAAAAGACUUGUUCAGUCUCCCAACUCCUAUUUCAUGGAUGUGAAGUGCCCAGGCUGCUACAAGAUCACAACGGUGUUCAGCCAUGCCCAGACAGUGGUUCUGUGUGUGGGAUGCUCCACUGUGCUAUGUCAGCCUAAAGGAGGAAAGGCCAGACUCACAGAAGGUUGUUCUUUCAGGAGGAAGCAACACUAAAAAAAAGAUUAUUCCAAUCGCUGGUUGAGGAAUGUCACUAUGCUGAGGACACAAGAAUCAUAUUUGUGAUUUUAUAAGCUUGCUAUGCCUUUAAUACAAUGAAUUUGCAAGUCAAUAAAACAUGUGAAAAACUAAAGCACA